CUCGUCUUCUCUCACUUUCUCUCUCUCAACUCCCACAGAAACCCAUAGACUCUUUGCAGCCUCAUAUAUCAAUUCUUCAUCUGGGCUGACUUGAUUUUCUCAAUCAGAAACUGGGUCUUGUUCAUUUUCUGAAUUAGUUCAUCACAAAGAACAAAUCUCAUGGAUUGGUAUCUAGGGAAUGGAAUGGAUGACCUUGUUGUCCCAAAUGAUGGAGGAUCUGACAGGCUUCCAUCACCAGAUAGCUGGUCAAAGUGGGGAAUAAGCGCAUCUGAGGGCUUUCAGUCAUCGAAUAAAUGCUUUUCCAUGUAUCCACAGUUCAGUAAAGAGCUCAACUUCAGUGGAAAAGGUUUUUUUGAUGAAGGUGAGAUGGGAACUUCGGCUGAUGACAAAGAUCUAUCUAGCAGUUCAAGUGUUUGUGAAGGAUUGUCCGAGGACUCUCUUCAGAAGACCUCACUUUCCUACAAUCGGGCCUACAAUCAAUUUGAGGACCUAGCAGGGCUCCAACAGAUGGAUGACAUAUUCAUGAGCUCCUUACUUGAUGAUCUUCCUGGGGCAGAAAAUGUACAUAAAUCGUUCUAUUUUCGUUCAGAUUCCAGCGGUACAUUAGCCACUGAUAGUAUUUCGACAAGCAAGAAUUUGGAAUUGCAAAGUAUAUCAAGCAGUGGUCAUGGUGCUGGCAGCUCUAAGUAUCUCAAAACUCAUGCAUUUUCUCCGGAAUUGGGUUCAGAGAGAGGGCAAUCCACUAUUUCACAGUUCAGUCCCUGCAACUCUGAGCAAAAAGACUGUCUACAAGUAAAGGCACAGACAGUUCCCCUCAUGUCUCCAUCUGAGCAACGGUGCCCUCAUGGCGGUGUGGAUGAGGAUACAUCAGUUGAAGAAUCUGUAUUGCAGGAGCUGGAAAUGGUGAUGACACAGUUGACCGAAAAGACCCGAAUCUGUAUUCGAGAUGCAUUGUAUCGCCUUGCCGAUAACUCAAAAGGAAGUCAUGUUACACACGACCAAGAUGGAGACCUUGCUAAUGAAAAACUGUCUUCAUGGGCAGUACAUGAUGAAACAGCAAGGUCUGAGAGCAAGAGAGACACAGAAUCAGAGACAAACACCAUUGACCGGGCAAUUGCAAACCUCAUGUUUAAUGAGAUAGACUUCACUGCGCAAGACAUUUCUGGAGGGUCAUCAUCAGAUUCCAAAUCUGAAAUUAAUGAAGUCACCGGGCAACAGCAAUCUGACAACUCCAACAGGCCGCAAAACUCUCCUUUGCAUAACAAUCCAGUUUUACCACAUCAUGCUGAAGUUCCUACACUUGGUCAAAGAGACGUGCAUAAAAGCUUAUCAACUAGUAAUGCUGGAGGAAAGAGGAAAACUCGGAUGAGUGAGUUUGUGUCUGCAACCGACUUCUAGAAGGCCAUUUGAAGAAUGGCUGCAAUGGCAUGACAGCAAUGAUCCGCUGGGCAAUGAACUUUAAAAGAAAAAUUACUGAAAGGUCAUACAUGAGUUGCUUGUACAUGUACUUCGGUAAUAGUUGGUGUGCAUGUUAAAAGAUCUGCUGGAUGCACACUUUCAGCUCAGUUUUGAUCGUCAUGUGAAUGAGUGGAUUAGUAGUAGUUUGUCAGACAUGGAUUUAUGUUUCGUUGAAACCUAGUGCCACUACAUCUUUCUGUUAUAAUCAAGAAAACCUGCGAUCUCGAGUCGGGACUUCGAUA